AUGGGUUUCUUGUCUAACAUCUCGGGCACUCUCUGGGGAUUCUUCCGAUGCUUUUAUUGGAUGAUCUGGGUCGAGCCCUGGAUCAAACCAUCUCUGGUGAAUGGCGAGAAAGCGCCAAUGACAUAUGAAGACUGGUAUACGGAACAAUUCGAAUACGAUGCUAUACGUGGGGUUGAUGAUUGGGUCACCAUCGAUCGGGACUCAAGUUACGACUGGCAAAUCCUCCGGAGUCUGAAGAGAGACCUUGAACGUUGCCGAAGAUCGGGUGAUGAUCGAGGUCUUUGCAGUCAACUGAGAGCGCAGAGCUCUCGCAAUAUGUGUCGCAUUUUGUCGCCUGCACUGUACCGAAAGUCGCAGAUCCAGACCAAACGACUCAUUCAUGACUAUAUCAUGGAAGUCCGUCACAGUGUGGCUCACAUCGCGGAUGGGAAUUCUAUCGGCAAUGGCACGACGGUGGUUUCAUCUCAUGAGAAAAGACAAACCCUAUAUGAUAUGCGGACUGCGCUUGGCCGAACCAGCCUUGUCCUUCAAGGUGGUGCCAUGAUCAGCAUGUGCCAUCUGGGAGUUGUCAAGGCCCUUCAUCUCCAACGACUACUUCCCCAGAUCGUCACCGGGACCGGCUCCGGAGCUUUGAUCGCUGCCCUCGUUUGUGCAACUUCGGAUGAAAAUCUUCUAGACAUUCUGGGAGGAACCAACAUCAACCUCGAAGCGUUUGUUCGUGCCCAAAUGCGCCGUUCCACCAGCCGGUUGACCUCUUGGCUGGGUUCUUCGUUCCUGGCCACGAUUCGUCGACGGUACCAACGAUAUCGUCGUACAAAGCACCUGUUCGACACCGAUAUACUUCGGGAAUGCGCUCGAGACAACCUAGGAGAUAUCACCUUUGAAGAAGCUUAUGCGAAGACCGGGAGAAUCCUCAACAUUACCAUCGCCAUGUCACAAGUGGCCGGAACACCUCAACUGCUGAAUUACAUCACGGCACCCCAUGUCCUGCUUUGGUCUGCUGUCGUGGCGUCCAUUGCGACAUCCAAAGAGAUGUAUGCUCCCGUCCAAUUACUGUGCAAGAGCGAUACUGGCGCCAUCGCUCUCUACUUUGCUGCCGAUUUCUCGGAAAAAGGAUGCAAGCGACAAGCCUGUGUUCACCCAGAAGCACCUUUGCAGCGGAUCGGAGAGCUUUUCAACGUCAAUCAUUUCAUUGUGUCGCAGACGAGGCCAUACGUUGCUCCAUUCAUUCAACUACAAAAGUUUGCUGAUUAUCAUCAGCCCCUGGGAAUUCUCAUUCGAUUUGUGCUCGACGAACUUUUGCAUUGGCUCGAGGUUCUGAACAGCUUUGGGUUGCUCCCAACAUUUCUGCAACGUGUCCUGAUGGAUGAGGUUGUCCCAAGCUUCGCCUCGUGGUCAAAAAUGUCAAUCACACCACGAAUCGGUUUGUGGGAUCUGUUCACUCUGUUCGACGCGCCUACCGAGUCUAAAUUACAGACAUGGAGUGCCAGAGGAGAGAAAUACACGUGGCCUUAUAUCUGCGAACUCCAAUGCCGCUGCGAUAUUGAGUUGGAAUUAGAAGCGGCGUACGCCCGCAUUCGACGGAGAACGAUCGCGCCGACAACACUUUGA